CUAUGCGCCUCAUAAGAGCACAGCUCUCGUAUCGCUUUUCGUGAAUAUCCUCAUACGCGACAUCAUGCAUAUCGCCAACCUUUUCUACUCGGCCUUGCUGGUCGCCAGUGGCGCAGAAGCCUUGAAGCUCAAGCCCGGCUCCAAGGUCAAGCUCUCAAAUGUACAAAGCCUCACCCUGCGCAAGGACAUGGAGACAAGUCAUCGCCGAGUCGAAGCAAUGCCCCAGCUGAACUGCAUCGGUGGCUCUGCUCGAGGGCUCUAUGAUGUCGACAUCAUGCGCUGCAAGAACUCUGGCUCCGACUACGACGAAGACUCUAUCCAAUGGACAUGCUCGGCGUCCCUCCCCGAAGAGUUCAAACUCGGCUCCACAGACGUCAUCUGCGAGGGCUACGACUCCCCCGACGACCCAUACAUCCUGAAAGGCAGCUGUGGCGUCGAGUACCGACUCAUUCUGACGGAGAAGGGACAGGAAAAAUACGGCAGAGGAAAAGGAGGCUGGCGGGACGACGACGACAAUGAAUCGCAUGGCCCCAAGACUAUGGGCGAGAGGAUUGCGGGUGGCUUGUUUUUCGUCGUCUUCGCCGGCGUCGCGCUCUGGAUUCUGUACAACAUCUACCUCGGUUGGGCGCGAGGACCUGCAGGAGCGGGCGCUGGCGCAAACCGACCAGGCUGGGGAGGCGGAGGUGGUGGCGGUGGAUGGGGAGGAAAUGAAGGCUACGACGAGCCGCCUCCACCCUACGAGGACCAAUCUGGGACGGACAAACGACGCAGUGGAUACGGCACUACGCAAGGCUGGCGGCCUGGAGUCUGGUCUGGUGCGCUGGGUGGUGCGGCAGCGGGAUACGCAGCGGGACGGAUGGGCAACCAAGGCAAUCAGACAGGCAGUCGCUGGGGAGGUGGUGAUGGAGGGGGAAAUCAGUACGAUAAUGGCGAGGGUAGCUCGAGGUCUUCUUCGGGGGCGUCUUUCUCCUCGACAAGACAUGAGAGUACCGGGUUUGGGUCGACGUCGCGCAGAUAGUUGUGAGUUGUUUCUCAGUUGGCUAAGAAUGAUACCCCU